CUCCCGCGUUUGCUUGAGCGCUCUCUCCUCCUCUUCUUCUGGCUCCUCUCUCUCUCUCCCUCUCUCCCUGGGUUGGGGUGAACAGCAGGUGGCGCAGGCAGUGAGUGCAGCCUCAGCUGGACAUGGGGAUUAGAAAUCGGUGACACUCCACUGACUUCUGCACMGGAGRUUCACYCUGGAUGGACAACAAGCCCACCACGGAAAACUCAGGUGUCACAGCAAUAGCGUCACAGGCUGAGGUUGGGUGAAUAAACAUGCACAUGGACUGGAUGAGACAAGCCAGCACUGGAAUCAGAACGUGUGAAAAACAAACGGCUCAAAAAAAGAGAAAGAAGCAAAGUCCCUAAGUACAUGUUGGUCCUCAGGUGGGACCACAUGGAUCAUGUAAGCCCUAGCAGCCUCUGCCGAUAAGAAGGGGUGAUAUCAAAACAUGGAGGUGCUGCUCUGUGUCUGUACCCUCUGUCAUCUAUUGCUAGGCAAACCUUGAUAUCAACAUGGGGUCAGACAACCCUUAAACUAUGUAUAUAUUUAUAAGAACUGACUUCUGUCAGCAUGCAAAUGGAGCAUAGAUGAGAGAACCUUUUGAGACAGAGAAUCGGGCACUGACACGAUUGAAGUAUGUAGGCUAUAUGACCUAUGAUUCAGGACCUUCGAAGCAAAGACACAGGCAGUAUGGAAGUGCAGACCACCUCUCUGGUUCAGGUAUAUGUCAACGGUACGGAGCAACUAAACACCUCAUACGACUACAACGUCACGGACGCGUCUGAGAACCCAGACACCUAUCAGUUCUAUACCAUCGGCCUCUUCCUCUCCUGCCUCUACACCAUCCUCCUCUUUCCCAUCGGCUUCAUUGGGAAUAUACUCAUCCUGGUGGUCAACCUCAACCACAGGGAGAAGAUGACCAUCCCGGACCUCUACUUUYUCAACCUGGCGGUCGCAGACCUCAUCCUGGUGGCAGACUCCCUCAUCGAGGUCUUCAACCUCAAUGAGAAGUACUAUGAGUACGCUGUUCUGUGUACCUUCAUGUCCUUAUUCCUGCAGGUCAACAUGUACAGCAGCAUCUUUUUCCUGACAUGGAUGAGCUUUGACCGCUACGUGGCUCUGGCCAGCUCCAUGAGCAGRAGUCCUCUGAGGACCAUGCAGCACGCCAAGCUCAGCUGCAGCCURAUCUGGAUGGCCUCCAUCRUGGCUACGRUGCUCCCCUUCACCAURGUCCAGACCCAGCACCGCGGCGAGGUGCACUUCUGCUUCGCCAARGUCUUUGAGAUCCAGUGGUUAGAGGUGACRAUCGGCUUCCUGGUGCCCUUCUCCGUCAURGGCCUGUGCUACUCGCUGAUCGUGCGUAUCUUGAUGCGUGCGCAGAAGCACCGGGGCCUGUGGCCUCGCAGACAGAAGGCCCUGAGGAUGAUCGGGGUGGUGGUGCUGGUGUUCUUCAUCUGCUGGCUGCCUGAGAACAUCUUCAUCAGCAUCCAGCUGCUGCAUGGCACGGACGACCCGGCCCAGCGCAGCACCUUCAGCGGCCACCUGUGGCACGACUACCCGCUGACGGGCCACAUCGUCAACCUGGCCGCCUUCUCCAACAGCUGCCUCAACCCCAURAUCUACAGCUUCCUGGGGGAGACCUUCAGGGACAAGCUAAGACUCUUCAUCAAGCAGAAGGCCAGCUGGUCCGUGCUCUACCGCUUCUGCCACCACACCCUAGAUUUACACAUACCUGUGAGGAGUGAGGUGUCGGAGGUGUAACGCUGCAGGAUCAGCAACAUGUUUGAAUGAAAGGUUAGGAUGUAACAGAAGUCCAGGGGGGAGGAAGAGCUAUGUGCUGCUGUGUCUACCCAGCAGGAUCCUGGGAAUUGUCUCCAUGACACCCUCAAAGGCUUCCAGAAUUCAGCUUCUUAUAAGGGGUAGAGAUACCAUGGAGGAAAAGCUAGAAACUGACCAUGAGGCUGCCAUUUUGUCCCCUGUAAGUGCGGGUGGAGAAUGCACUGUGUAUCUACAUGUCAUUAGAUAUAAAUAAUGAGAUCUGGGUAUUAAAUACACAUUUGGAAAAUGGAGAAGGAAAAUUGAUGAAAAUACCAGGUUUGGUGUUCUUUCAAUGUCUUCUCUUCGCUUAUCAAAAGACAAAGUCAUUAUUCUAAUGUAACAAAACUAUACCUGUCAUGAAACCGCAACAAUCUACUCAGAGAAAUGGCGGUGAGGGAACAAAUUAAAACAGACACAUCAAAGGGACCAGUGACUUGCUUCUCCUUGACCCCAGUGUGGCCAUUGUAACACUGUAUACUGCUCAGAACUGUUUGGGUAACCCAUAAGACUGCUAGACAAACCUGUUGUCAGCUCGUUUUUUUAUGUACUGACAAUGGCACUGUAUUGUAAGUAGAUGUCCUUUUCUUUGUUUGCCUGUGCAAGCAAUUGUCCACUAACACCACUUUUAUUUAAAUAAAUAAAAAUACAUG